AUGGUGAGUGAAUUUUUUUUCGGGUGAAAUCUCAUUCAAAGUUUAGGAUAUUAGAAGUUUUUUUGGAAAUGGUGGAGGAUCAAAAUCUUCAUCAAACGCCCCAUCUAGUUCCAAAAAAGAGCCAACACCGAAGAAACGGUCCAGCAAGAAAAAGGACGAAAUCUUUGAGAUUGAAGAACUUUGUGAGCUACUCAUCGAAACUGUAAAAAAAUUUAAAUUAUUGUUUCUUCAGCUGACGGCGAAGAUCCACUUCCGAAAUCAAUGAGAGGUGCUCAAAGGAAGAGAAAUAGGAUAGUUGUAGAAUCCGGUUUGAAAAGAAAUAAAUUUAUGAAGAAAUAUUUUUUUAGACGGCUCAGACGACGGUUUUGUGCGGAAAACUUCGUCAAAACCGAAGGAAAAUACGAAAAAGGAAAAAACUCCAGUGAAAUCGGCGCCGAAAAAAGCGCGUGUCGUGAUUUCUAGUGAUAGCGAUGUGACCCCAGUCAAGGAAAAGCCGAAAAAUAAGUCGAAAAGAUCUCCAUCGCCCAUCGAAAUCGACGAUGAUGAUGAUAUUGAGGUCCUAAUAGACAUGGCAGCAGGCUUGAGACAAAAAUAUUUUUUUUUGAUCUUUUUAAUUUCAAUUUUCGAAUUUUUAAUAGGCUUUUUAAGUGAAAAAAAUCUCUCAAAUUCAACAUUAUCUUCAAUAUUUUUUUAUUUUUUUACGAUUAUUUUUUUCCAAGCCAGCCUUGACCACAUUAAAAAGUCUUUAUCAGUUCAAACUGUUAAUUUCAAGGUGCUGUCCGACGACGAAGAAGUUGAAAAACACGUUAAGGGCAAGCAUAAGAAAAAGCUUCUUCCCGGUCAGAAAAGACUGGAUUUUGAGAAAAACGCCCCGUCUACAUCAGGAAAAGAAGGUUUUCACCUUACGCAACACGAAUAAAAAAAUGAAUUUCAGCCCCGAAACCGCGCCAACAGUAUAAUUUCGUGAAUCCUUCCGACUUUUUCCAAACCUCGGCUAAGAAAUCUGAGAAAAAGACACAGGAAAAGGAAAAAGAAGCCGUGACAGAAGUGGCAAAGCAGCCGGAAAAGAGAAAAACGCCGACUCCAAAAACGGUAUGAAAUGGAGAGCGUAGUUGAACUUACGCUGAUUCAUAGGGGGUCCGGAAAAUUUGAUAAUAAUAGCAGAAAACAUUAUCAGAAAAAAAGUGAAUAGAAUUUUUUUCUAACAGUUUCAGUGAUUUCUGAAAAAAAGUUAAUAGCUCUGUUUUUCAUCAAAAACAAAAAAAUUAAUUCAUAAAAAAACAAAUUUUUUUCAAAGUUAUAACGGCAGUUUUUCCAUGUUUCUCCGAAAAGCUCAGCGAAAAGUUUCGAAAAAGUUUUUUUCUCACUUUUCUUCCUUCAUGAAAUCCGUCUUGUGUUUUUGAAUCAUUUAAUAAGCAUCUUCGAUCAUAUAAUUGGUAGCAUUUCAAAACAUCAUGGAGAAAUUCCAUCUUGAAUUCUUUUCACCUUCAAUCGGUAUUUUUUUCCAGCCAACUCCUAAGAAAAUCAGCCCAUCGCAGAAGGAAAAUAUCGGCGACGAUGAAUUCUUCGAUUCGGAUGACGAUUUCAAUGCGCCGAUCAUCAAAAAAGUCUCCAAACUGCAGAGAAAACCCUAAUCUCAUUUUUUUUAGAAGAAAACCCCAUCACCAAGGAAAGCUCCGGUAGUAGAAGAGAAGAAAAAGAAGGAAGAGGAAAAGACUAAAAAUACUGAGAAGAGGAAUCAAAAAGACACUUCAAAAAGUGAGAAAAGUUCAAGAUUCAAAGAAAAGCUAAAGUUUUUCAGGUCCAGCGAAGAAGUUAGUUGAAGCGGCGAAGGUCCAGAAAGAAAGUUCCAAAAGUGAGAAAAAUAUGAAAAUCCGGAAAAAAAAACCUUUUUCAGGUCCUUUGAAGAGAUCUGAUCGUCAGGAAAAGGUUCAGAAAGAAUUGUCAAAAAGUGAGAAAUAGAAAAAUUCUGAAAAGGUCAAUAUUUUAGGCCCCGUGAAGAAACCAGUUGAUAUGGCUAGCAAUAGUUCUGCUAACAGGCAACCUCCGAAGGUAAAAAAAACGCUUUGAAAACUUUUUAUCGGUUUGAAAUUGAAAAUUGAGAAUUAUGAAAACUUGAAGUUUUAUUUUGAAAAAGUUUAUAUUUUGUAUUAUUCUAGAUGAAUAUUCUGAAAUGAUACAAAUUUGGCCAAGUUUCGAACGAAAUAUGAAAUAAUUUCCAUUAUUUUUGAAGAUCUUAAUAAAAAGUUCCUUUUUUUAAAUAUCGGUCGAAAAAAAAAUUUUUUUCACGACUUUUUGCAGGUGAUCGAUCCCAACGAUCUUCCCUGGGUGGACAAGUACAAGCCGAAGUCGAUAAGUCAGUUGGUUGGACAACACGGAGACAAAAGUCCAUUGAACAAACUGUUGGAUUGGCUCAACGACUGGGCAAAGUUGAACCUUGGAGAAGGAGCCAAGGUUAAGAGAGGUGUCUUUUUUUCGAAUCAAGAUAAAUACCUGACUGAAUCCAGAGAAAAAAAUGUAUGUGAUUUAUGAAAAUGGAAAAGAAAAAAACAAAAAAACUUGUGGCUUUGUUUGAAUAUUAUGAGGGAAAAAGUUAUACUCGAUUUUUCAUAGUAAUUUUUCUCUAUUUCCUGUUUUUUUCAAACUUUCUCUUUUCUGUUGUUUGGAAUUUUUUUCAUCAUUUUCGUGGAAAAAAAGGUGCUGAUCUUUCCAAAUUUCUUCAUUUCGACGAUUUCUCUUCAUGAAGGUCGAAUUUUAAAAAAAUCAGAGAAAUCUGUUCUUAAAUGGAGUGAGAUAGAAUUUAAUUUUAAACUUGCGUCAAAAAUAACUCUUUUGAAGUGUUUUUCCAUCUAUAAAGGGACCAUCUACAUUUUUUUUAAAAAAAUAUUUUUUUGUCCUAUUAGUAUUUUUUUCUUGUUUAAUUCUACCCAUACAUGGGCGAACCAUUAUUAAUUCCGCCAAUCCCUCCUCCCAAAGUUUUCCUAAAUUAAAGAGGCUAAAAUUUCUAUUCUUGUGGCCAAAACUUCCUUUUUGAGGUUGAAACUCGGUUUUAUUCCUAAUUUUCAAAAAUAUUUGAAAUACAACCCCAUGGCCUGACUAACCAAAGCUCUGUACUGUCCCAUCUAUGGUUCUACCGUAAUCUUCUUUCUGACACUUUCAGUAGUUUCUAUCUCUCAAAAGUUCAUCCAAAACCUUCAAAUUUCAGCCAAGCCCGUCGCCUGGAUGGCCCAGCAGGAUGGCACGGCCUUCAAAGCCGUUUUAUUGUCUGGAACUCCCGGUUUGAAGAGAAAAAUGUUCAAAUGGAGAGUUUUCACGAGAUUUAGGCGUUGGAAAGACGACGUGUGCUUAUAUGGCCUGUGAAUCGCUUGGACUGAAAGUUGUCGAAAUGAACGCCUCGGACGUCCGGAGCAAGAAACAUCUGGAGGCCAAGGUUUUGACGAAGAAAAUAUAGAUUUCGAAAUAUAUGCCUUUUUGAACUUUUUUGCUAGAUUUUUAAAAACAAUUCGAGUUCCAAUUGAAUAUUGUAAAAAGUGAAAAAUAUUUGUUAAAAUUAUUUUUCGAAAGUCUUGUACCUUGAGAAGUUUUUUCAAAAAACUAUUUUCGAACUUCAUAAUACAAUUUUCUUCAAUCAAUUGUAUCGAAAUAUUUAAAUUUACAACGACUUUCUAGGUCGGUGAACUCUCCGGAUGCCACCAAAUCGAGGAAUUCUUCGGCAAAAAGCCUCCACAACCUCAAGGUCUCGUAGAUAAAAGUCAUCAAAUUAUUUUGGCUAAUUUUGAUACCUUUCAGACAAUUUGAAAGUCCAUCACGUUCUGAUAAUGGACGAGGUCGAUGGAAUGUCGGGAAACGAAGAUCGGGCCGGUGUAAGUCCCAACUUUUUGAAUUUUCCAUUCAAAUUAAAGUUUUUUUAAUGAAGAACAUUUUAAAAUUUUUCGUUUUUAAAUUUUGAUAAAUAAUCAAAAAAAUUUGGUUUUUAGGAAUUAGAGUCUGUUUGAAAGUUCUUUCUAGGGUUUUGAAGGAGAAAAAUGCACAAUUCUUCGUGAAAAAAAUCAUUAAAAAUUGAUUUUUUUGUCCUGAUAAAAAAAUUUUUAAUUUUUUUCAAUCUUUUUGAAUAGGAGUCGUUGUUUUUCGAUUUCUAGGGCCUGAAAUUUCAAGAAUUGUUUUUUUGAAUUUCAUUUUUCGCGUCAUGUAAAAAAACGGUAAAAUUUUGAAUUUGUACAAAUUUGGUCAUUCAAGAUCUUUAUAUCGCCUCUAUCACAUGGUUCCAGCCACUUGAACUUUUCAAUUUACUGAAAAAGUUGUCUCAGUUUGAAAUUUUGAGUUUCAACUGAAUCAAGGGCAACGUACGUUCCAUUAUUUGUUUUUAUAGCUUCCAAGUUUUUCUAGAUGAUUUUGAGUCUCUUUCCUCCAUUCAAAAAUGUGUACAGUGGUUUUGAAAUCUCAAAAUAAUAAAAAAGUGUUCAUUUGAAAAUUUUGGCUAACCAGAAGGACUUUAAUAGUAUUUUUACAGAUCGCUGAACUGAUCCAAAUAAUCAAGGACUCGAAGAUCCCCAUUAUUUGCAUUUGUAACGAUCGGAUGCACCCGAAAAUUCGAUCUCUGGCCGGCCAUUGCUACGAUUUGCGGUUCCACAAGCCGAGAGUUGAACAGAUCAGGGUAAAAACCGGCAUUUUCGUUUUUUUCUGUCACUUGAAACGCCAAAGAAUCGAAAUUUUACAACUUUUCUGAACCGGAAAAAAAACUUGCGCGUGGCGUUCUGUAGCAUGGGGCAAAGAAAAUCGCCUGAAGUCGGGCUCAGAAAUAAUUUUAAUACCAAAAUUGGAGUUUAAAAUGAUUAGUCACGUUUUUAAUAUAUUUUACAGCGUUUCAAGUCGAGAAAAAUCGAGUAUUCUCACAAAUAAAUGUUAAUAAGCAACUGAUUAAGGCUCGAAUGAUGACGAUCGCAGCCCAGGAGAAAGUUAAGAUUUCCAAGGAUGAAUUGGAUGAGAUGAUUGAGAUGUCGAGUGAGUUUCAACUGAAAAGAUGUUAGGAAAUAUUAUGCUUUUUCCGAAAAAAAAAUUUUUUUCUCUAUUCUGGUAGAUUCUAAACUUUCUAUUUUAAGAGCUGAAAACCUUUGUUUUUUUCCCUUCUAACAGGUGACCGCGUGGGCAGGAAAAUUUCGGGAAAAAAACAAAAAAAAAGAGUUUAAUCAAAAUUUCUGAAUUUUCGAAGCUCACAAUCGAAACUUUUCCACAUUUUCGAAUUAAGGCCACGACGUUCGUCAAACCAUCUACAAUCUCCAAAUGAGAUCGAAAUCGUCUGCUUUCGGCGCCAAUAAGAAGGACGUCACACUGGUUAAUAACCAAAUUUUAGAAGAAAUCCAAGAAUUCUCUCGCUUCCCAGGGUCCUUUCGAAGCGGCGCGAAAGCUUCUGGAUCAGCAAUCUACGUUGAAAGAACGCAACGAGAUGUUCUUCGUGGACUAUGGAAUCAUGCCGUUGUUCGUUCAGGAGAACUAUAUCAACAUGAAGAAUGACAAGCAUACGUGUGUAUUUUUCAUCAUUUUCGAAGCCAAAUUUUCACUACGCUUAAAAAAAUUAGAGGAUUUCAUUCUUUCUGAAUUUGUAAAAUCGGAGCUUUGAUUGGAAGUUUUGUGCGUAGAUUAUUGAAAUUUCGGCUUUUUAUAGGCCUUUACAAGCGAUUCGAGGCAUGCGAGAAGCCUCGAAUUGUAUUUCGAUGGGCGACAUUGUCGAGAAGAAUAUCCGAUCCAGAGGCGCUUGGAAACUUCUCAAUGAGCAGGUUUAUAACAAGAAAAAAAUGUCAUGAAAUUUAGUUGAGAAAAAAAUAAGCACAUCAAAAACUUUAAAAUACUGUAAUUAGAAUUUGAAAAAAACGACCAAAAAGCAAUUUAUUUCCAUUUUAUGUAAUAGCUCAGUGAUUUAAGAUAAUUAGACGGAAGAGUGUUAAUUUUUCCUGAUUUGUUAGAAUUGAAAUGAUUUUUUUGGAAAUGUUCACUUGGUUAUUUUUUUGCGCAGAUAUAAAUAUAAAAACAAGCUCUUUGUCUUAAAUAAUUAUGAAGGCUUACGAAAAUUCUGAAUUUUUCUCAAUUUGUUCACGGAUCAAACAUUAAAAAAGGAGAAAAAGAGAUUUUUUUGAUCAUGGAAGACGGUGAGAUCAACACUCCAUGCAUCAAUUUUCAUAGAUGCAGAAAGCUGGAAAGAUUUUAAAAUUCAUUAAAAACGGCUCUUCGACUUGAGACCUUUGACAAAUUUACCUAUGCUUCCUUUAAAAAAUCUAGCAGGCUUUCAAAUUCCAACCACCUAAAAAAGAUUUGAAAAAAAAAACUGAAAGAAUCAUAAAUUCAAUAAUUUCAGAGCAUGCUGGCCUGUGCGAUUCCAUCAAUAGCCACUGGCGGAAACCUCCGCGGCAUGCUCCAGUUCCCGACUUGGCUCGGUCGAAACUCUACGGCCGGAAAGCGGAAAAGGAUGCUCACCCAACUUGUUAUGCAUACUCAUCUCAAGUAAUUCACCAAGCUUCUUCCUGAAAUAUGUGCGAUGUUUGAGGCUUACAUAGGAAUAGAGGGACUUCUUAAAAGUUGCAAUAUAUUUCAGAAAAUCUUUGGAAACGUCAUUAAGAAUUUCCAAGCUUAAAGUGUAAUUUUUUUAAACCUUAACUAUUGUCUUACCAGGUCAGCGUAUGCUGUAUCUCAGUUUCAUAGUUUUUUUAAUGGCAAAAAAACCGAGGAAUUAAACUAAAAAAAGUUUUUGUAAUUUUAAGACUUUUUCAACCUGAGAAGAGAUAGGAAAGUCCUAUAAAUUGAUGAGAAGGCCCAAAAAAAGGCCUUUGAAACAAAAUUCACAAAAAUCAAGUUAAAGUUAUAUUAUUUCCUAAAUCUUCCAUUACACGAUUUUUUAGAGGAUUUAUAUAUUCAGAAACAAAACGCUGUGAAGAUUGUGGCUCAUAUAAUUCUCUAAAAAAAAGCAAUUAUAUUGGAAUCACAAGCUUUUGAGUAAAAAUUGUCUUCUUUUCACGGUCCCUGACGCAUUCUCAAUUCAAAACCUUGUAGAGUAUCCGCCGACUCGGUCUCAUUCGCCAUGGACUACGCCCCCAUGCUCCGAGAAAGAAUGACCAAGCCCUUGUUGAAACACGAGUCCGAGGGAAUCCCCGCCGUUCUGGAGACGAUGCGCGAGUACGACUUGAUCCGUGACGACGGCGAAGCCUUGGGAGAAAUCGCCGUUUGGCCUGGAAAAAUCGAUCCGGCCAGCAAGAUCCUGUCCAAGGUGCUGUAACUGUUAGGGUGUUGUGUUGAAAGAAACUUGGAUCUUUUGAAUCUGAGGGACAUCGAUGAAUCAUCUAGAUUUCAACAGUUUGAACCAAAUUUAGAAAGAGCCAAAUUUUUAGCUUAGCUUUUGCUGAGCAAAAUUAAUGGAUGAAAAAUAGUUAUCUUUAUCUAGUUCUCCGGGUAUAAGCUUGAAGAAAAGUGACUUUAACUUACGUAUGAACCUUGAAAAUUUGAUUUUAAAAGAGCUCGUCAAAAACAAUUUUUAUUGUCAGGUACCUUUAAAGCUUGUUCUUCCUCUAGCUAGGUUUGGGUAAAGAGUGAAUUUAGGUUUAGAAAAUUAAUUUUUUUAUGCCUGUUCUUUAGGUGAAAGCCGCCCUAACACGGACUCUGAACAAGGAGCAACGUACCUUGCCAUAUUCCUUGGCUGAUAUUGCCAAGGGCAAGAAAAAGGCGGCAGGUUUAAAAUACCGUUUUUUCGAAUAGAGAUGAAUGAACAUUUCCAGCUGCUGGCUUGGACGAUGAGGAAGGUCUUUUCGGCGAUUAUGCCGAUGAUGAAGACGCUGAGGAGGAAGAAGAUUCGGCUCUUGGACCGGAAAUUGUGAUCAAAACGACGGCUGACAAAGGCAAAGCUUCACGGGGACGCGGUGGAGCUGCUUCUGCGGGUAAAUUUGGGAAAAAAUACAGAUAAAUGAUUGGAAAAUCCAGAUUUUAGCCUAGAUAAUAAAUUUUUAGUUUCAAAUAUUCUUGAAUCUUAUUUUAGUAUUCAAAAUUUCCAAAAUCCAACAAAGUUUUUUUGUUAAUUUUCCGAAAUUCAUUUUGUUUUUUUGACUCAGGGCAAAGUCGGAAUGGUGGAUAAUGACGGCUGAAAAGGAAGAGCUUAAGAGGGCAACAAAAAGAGUUUCUUUAUCGAGCUUCACAUUUUUUUUUUUCGGAAUUUAAAAGGCUCAAGAAAUGGUGGAAAAAUGGUGCGUAAGAGCCGAUGAAAUGGCGCAAAAAGGCAGGAAAAAAGGAGCCUUUUUCACCCUAAGAGGAACAUUUUUAUGAAGUUUUUUUUCCAUCCUUUUCGACUUUGCCCAUGGAGCGAUAUUUAUUCUCCAGUUCGUUUUCGAAAUCUUUUUUUCAGUCCCUCAGAAGUUUCAAACGACGUUUUUUCUUUGCUUUUUUCGAUACUUUUCCUCGAAACUUGUUCGAAUUAUAGGUCGUGGCGCGCGCGGCGGGGGCCGAGGUCGUGGUGCCAAAAAGUAA